AACAAUAGCUACAAACGCACACACACUGACACUGCCCUGCGUAUUGACGUGUACGAUGAACAUUGAAUGCAGCAUUAUUUCCUGUUCUGAGGUUACGUCGUCUGUCCAAACCACCAAACGCACUUAAAUGUAUUUAACGUCCAUGUAUUUGCUUGACACUCAGCCUGAGACGUGUUUCCUGUGCUAUGACGGCGUAAGAGGUUUCCCCGCAAUGUUUUGGGGACACUCGGACGCGGCUCGACGACUUGGAAAUUCAGCGGGCUCUGCGAGCGAGUGAGAGACAUGGACAACUCUGUCACACUCUGGCAGUUCCUCCUCCAGCUACUACUAGAUUCCAGUAAUGAGCAGCUCAUCUGCUGGACCAAUGAAGAAGGGGAGUUCAAGCUGCUGCAGGCGGAGGAGGUGGCCCGGCUGUGGGGUGCUCGUAAGAAUAAGCCCAACAUGAACUAUGACAAACUCAGCAGGGCCCUCAGAUACUACUAUGAUAAGAACAUUAUAAAGAAGGUGAAUGGUCAGAAGUUUGUUUAUCGCUUUGUGUCCUAUCCUGACAUCCUGAAAGGCGAGGUUGUUGCACGAACAGAGGGUGGGGAUGUCAGUGCUGGGGGUGUUCCUGUCCUAACAAGAAGGGACAGCACCUUACAGGAGGGUGAAUCUUGUGACAGAACCAAGGUAGGAGGAAGCACAGGGGUUCUGGGCUCAAGCUCCAAACAGUCAAACCGUAAUGACUACAUCCACUCUGGUAUGUACACCUCCUUCACGCUCAACUCCCUACAAAAUGGACGCCAGCUCUUCAAAUCCAUCAAAAUGGAGAACCCAGCAGAGAAGAUGGCUGAAAAGAGAGGGCUCAUCACCACAGCCCAGAGCCAGCUGCAACAACCGACUGCUUUACCAUCCGUCAUCAAGUUUGGAAACACCCCUCCAAAGCCAGCACCAGCACCGCAUCCUCAGGUUGCCAUCGAUUCGACCCUGGUGUCCAAUCACUUGGAUUCUCUGCAAGCUCCUCCCCCAAGGGUUGAAGAAAUCAGCACACACUCCACCCUGUACGCAUUCGAGCAAACCCGUCCAUCAGAGUCAACUUUCACCAUAUCAGACCUGACUUCGGCCAGUCCAUCCCCAAGCUUAGUGCCUGACUCCUCCCAGGACCUGAUGAUUGACAGUGACAUCGAGUCAGGUUCAUCACAGCCAGCAGAUACUCAGGCACAAGAGAAGGUGGAUGGUGGCCUCGGUCUGUCGGGAGAUGAGAUCAGCUUGGUCGACGCUGAAACCAGUUCAUCUUCAGUGAGCAGCUGCACCACAGUCAGCACUCAGAGCUCAGGAAAGGCACGCAAGCUGCCAAAAAUCCUGCACAUCAGCCCACCAGCUCUGUUGGUUACCGCCUCCGACUUCUCCCCCUCAAACCUCUGCAGCCCCUCACUACCCACUGCCUCUCUCACACCAGCAAUGCUACAGACUCCCACUCUGUUGCUGACUCCCAGUCCCCUGCUAUCCAACAUCCACUUCUGGAGCACACUCAGUCCAGUCGCUCCUCUCAGCCCAGCCACAAGGCGCCAGGGUGCCCAUCUGUUCCAGUUUCCCUCCGUCCUCACCCCGCAGUUCCAGAUCCCUGUACUCAGUGCAGAUGGUACCAACACACCCGGACCCAUUUCACCAGAUCCUCAAAAGACGUAGAAUUUACCUCCCACAGCCUGAACCCUACCCCCAACACACAUAUACAGGCACCAUCUCAUGCUCCCACAUCCCUUACAGAAUAGUGGAAGCUUAUUGCCAUUGUCAUUGCCAUUCCCCAUCACUCUGGUGCUUUAGAGUUUGCUGCCACAGAACUCUCACUACAGUCAGUGUGUGUGAAGGACCUGAAUGACCUGGUGAGACGUUGGCAGUCCAGGUUUAAUGGAAGAGGAUAUUACAUUCAAUUGUUUUACAGCAUUUUUAUCAUGUACACCCUGAGGAUGCCAUACAGCACUCAUACACACUGAUGCCACUGCUCAGUUAGCACUUAUGAAUUAUUUUUGUCUCACUUUUUGGGAUCCUCAGUCAUACCAGCUCAACGGAGGGAGGAAUUUCCAUGGCAACAACGUGUGCAUGUGGAUUGGACCCUCUGCAGUUACAAUCUGCUUCAUACUUGGACAAACAGAGCAGUGUGAUUUGAAUGUUUCCAUUUAGAAAUUCCCUCCUUGUGUAAAGGUGUUACUGCCAAAAAAGACACGUUCAUAUCGGUUCCUUUACCAAUGUCCUCCCGGCCCCGCUUUUUGCUUAGUCCUUAUACUUUAUAAUCUAUACUCUUUAACCUAAGUACUUGCAUGUUUAACUCUUUUAUCUUCUUUGUCAAACCUUGCCUUCAGCUGCUUUUUUGGCUAACUCUAGCCAUAUCCAGCAAGACUUUUACCCUGACUGUCUUAUGAUGUAUGGCCAUAUUCCUCGCUGAACCUUAAAUCCUGCUUCUAUGUUGCUCUUCUAGUGUGUGUGUAUAUAUAUAUAUAUAUAUAUAUGUAUAUAUAUAU